AUGGGGAUCGAAGCGAACAACCACACGGCUCAAAUCGCGGCCUUGACCGAGAAGGUGGCCCAACUAGAACGCCGCCUACAAGAGCAAGAAGAUAUCGAAAGCGUCCGACGCCUGAUCGACCACUACACGGCGCUGCACGACCUGGCCUUCCAAGACCCGCAGGCCCUGCAGGAAUGGGAGAACCUGUUCACCGAGGACGCGCACGUCAAGUACGCGUUCGGCGAGCACUUCGGCCGCAAAGGCCUCGGCGCCUGGGCCUGGGGCCCCGAGGUGGCCCAGUACGCCCAGUGCCACCUGCAGAGCAGCAACUUCGACAUGAGCUUCAGCGCGGACCGGCGCGUCGCGCACGUACGCUCCAACGGCAUCACCACCUGGCUGUACCGGCGCGACGAGCUGGAUCGGCACUUUGACGCCGGCGCCGUGUAUCGCUGGACCAUGAGGCGCGAGGAGGACGGGACCUGGGCGAUCUGGAAGAUCGAUCUGUAUUGUGCGUGGAAGUCGGGGGAGGAUUUGAAUGGUGUUAGUGGAGGGAAGUAA